AGAGAGAGGGAGGGAGGCGUGACAUAGGCUGGGGAAGGAGCUAGAGAGCAGGGACCCAGCCAGCCUCUUCACAGGUGCACUUAGGUGGAGAGCAGCAGAGGGGAACUCAGGCAAAGUUUGAAGGCAGACCUGGGAAGUGGACGCUGGUGAGGAGGGCCCAGACUCCUGCGGCCAGAGCCCAAUGUCACCCUGAACUCAGCUCAAGGUGUCUUUCUGGGGCCCAGCCACAGGGAAAGGACCUCAAACUGAAGAGGGGCUCUGUUGGGGGUUCUGUGGAGAGACUGCUGCCUGGCGGCCCCAGGAAACACUAAAAUGGCUGGGCCACCAGUGGCCACCACAGAGGACAUGAUGAGAGCCUCUUUGCCCUGACUACUCGCAGCCACACUGUCCCUGCUCUGCUUAGUGGCCUUGCCAGAGCACCGAGCUGGCACCUCUGAACUGGACUUGAGCUAAAUCACCCACAACAGGCCUGAAGGCCCCAUGAAGGAGACACCUUAUCAGAGGCAACAGAGGACACCUCCCUUCUUAUCCUCUGCCUCUUGUACCCUCAGUCACUUUGGGACUGGAGUCUGGACAGAUACCAAUAUCUUUCUCACCAUUCCUAACCAGAAACCAGCAAUUAUUUUAUCUGCUGUCACCCACAAGAGUCACUGCUGUUUGUCCCUGGCCCUGGGAAAAGGUGGAAACGUUCUCUGCCUUAUGCCCCAGAGCAUAGGUUUUGAAAAUAAGAAUCUCCCACUUCUGCUCCCACUGCACAUCACCUAGCCCAGGAGUGCCACCCUCCCCGAAGUGAUCCCCACUUCCCAUGGCUUCCGGCUGUCAGGUCUGUCUCUCCACGGGCUGAAUGUCCACGUCUUUAACUGAGGCUAAGGCAACAGUUAGAGCAGUACAGACAGACCAAGGGGCUCAGAAGCUGAGAAAAGCUGGAACGAGAGGACCAAAGUGCGGGACCGGGCGAACAGCCACAUCUGAGGUUGUCAGUACCCACGGAGACAGCCAUGAAGUUCUAGUUCCGGGAGUGCAGGACCCCAGGCCCAGGAAAGGGCCGAGCAGGGCGUGUGUACUUGCCCGCCUGCUGGCCUCUCUCCCACGCGACACCUACGAAGGACCAAUUGCGUUGCAAAUGGAGGCCACAGAGAAGAAAAACCGCCAGGCUUCCCCAACUUGCAAGAGGCUCUGAACCUGAGCCUUCCGGCGCACGUGGGACACAGACCCUCACCAAAGAGCCAAAACCCAGGCGAGAGCAACUCGCAGAUGACGUUGCUCCCAUGGCAGCAUUUGCACCAGCAGGCUGCUCUCAGUGGAAAAUGGUGGAGGCUGCUCCCGCCCCAGGAGGGAAAGACACCACCUCCCCGGCUGUGGCACCGGAGGCCUGGAACAGCUGCCAGAGCAGGCGGGAAUCCAGGGACGGGGGAGAGAGUGACUUCCAUUUCUAUCUGGUUCACGUCUGGGGGGGCCCUGGCCGGGCAGCCCCCCCACAUUUCUCCUGCCCCGAAACACGGCUCUAGCCAACCUGCUUCGCUGCUUCACCUGCGACCGACUGUGUGGGGGCUGCACGGCGCCAGCCCCUCCAGCCCGCCAGGGCAUCGUCCUCCAGCCCGUCAUGCCCAGCUGCGACCCAGGCCCGGGCCCUGCCUGCCUCCCCGCCAAGACGUUCCGCAGCUACCUGCCUCGUUGCCACCGCACCUACAGCUGCGUCCACUGCCGUGCGCACCUGGCCAAACACGAUGAGCUUAUUUCCAAGUCUUUCCAAGGGAGCCAUGGCCGAGCCUACCUGUUUAACUCCGUGGUCAACGUGGGCUGUGGACCAGCCGAACAGCGCCUCCUGCUCACGGGGCUCCACUCGGUAGCUGAUAUUUUCUGCGAGAGCUGCAAAACCACGCUGGGCUGGAAAUACGAGCAGGCUUUUGAGACGAGCCAGAAGUACAAGGAGGGGAAGUACAUCAUUGAAAUGUCACACAUGGUGAAGGACAACGGCUGGGACUGAGGGGCUCAGGCAGGCUGUGCCCUUCCUCCGCAUGCCCACCCUCCCCGCACCCGUCCCCGGGCCCUGCCAAGCAGUCCAUACCAGCAUGAGUACUGCCCCACCCCUGGGGGGAACCCAGCUCCCGGCACCCCUCCCCCGCCUCCACCUCAUCACCCCCAGGCCCCUUUGGAACAGGGGUCUGGGGUACCCCAGGGGUGUUCAAGGCUCAGGAGUGGGCAGCAGUCAGGGAGAGCCAGAACUGGGGAAAGGGGAUGGUUGCGGGUUCUUCUAGCCCUAAGAUCCUGAAAAUGGAGGUGAGGGCAGGGCGGAGAUCAGGCAGAGGACCAAGGGAGGACCCGUUUCUGCCCCAACCUCUUUUUGAGUGAACGGAGGACAAGUUUUGAGGCAUGGGGCUGGUAGACCCCAGCCCACAGAAUAGCAGGUGAGAAGGGGCUCGAGUUGGGAGUGAAAUUUUGGCCUCAGACACUGCGACACACCGGAGUCUGAGGGUGAAGUUUCCCACCCCUGUUUGUAGGAGAAAGCAUUCGGGGGUGGAAGGAAAGAAGUCCCAGAUCCCAGGCCCUGGGAAAUGAAAGAAUCACAGGGGUUUCCAUUUUACUCCACUUGUUAGUUUAUCUUGGCACUAAAGAGGCACUUUCGAGUACGUGACUUUCGCCAGGGGGUGGGGUGGGAGAAGCUGCCGCUGGAACAGCCCCCACCCCCCACUGGCUGUUUCCAGAGCGAGCAGUCCGUACGGGCAUUCUGAGGCCCAGCCACUGCUCCCUGGGACCCAGUCCCUUGGAGGGGAGGUGGGACAUCAGUGCCACGGGGCCAGGCUUCCUCGUGGCUGCCACCAGCGAACGAAACUUUUGUAUGAUACAUAAAGUGUUUGGGUCUAUUUUUAAUAAAAAGGGGAAAAGCAACCGUGAGGCACUCUCUCCUCUUGACUUUGCUUCCCAUGCACAGACCUUAACUUACACUAUUCUGUCACACUCCCCCCAGUACCUGUCCCUUUAGGCCACUAGAGGGCAGCACUUGCUUUGUCUGUGUCGAGACCCCACUUGAGCCCUCACCAGAGGGAUGGGUCUUCAGGUGAGGUCUGCUUAGUGAAGCGAGGGCUUUUGUGAGCAGUGUUUCCAAAGGGGGCAACCAAAACAGCGCCUCUUCCAGAGCCCUUGACAAUGAAUCAGGUAUUGCCUGGAUCCAGGAUUGGGCACCUGGAAGAGGCUCACCCCUGAACAAGGGUGUUCUUGGGUCCUAUUGCCUUUCAGCCUGGACUUGGAAUGUUUGGGUCAGCUCAUGGCCACACUCGAGGCUGAAAGGAAAAUCCAUCAAGCAAGGCAGCUUGAUCCAAAGUGGAACUGAACAGCUCAAGAUGGCAGCCAUCAGUGCAACCAUGUGACCCACGUGCAUUUUCGGGGCAGUGAUGUGAAAUUCCCAUUGUUGUUGGGUCACUGACAACCGCAGGGAGGACUGUACACAUCAUAAAAAUCACCUUUUGUAAGCUA